CGGCCAAAAGGCUGCUGUGAAGUCUGCCUCGACAGGUCGAUUGUUGACUGUUCAUGAUUAUGUGUAAACGACUUUUCUAAAAAAUGUCUGAUGUGGUUAAACACACUCAGCUUGUUUUUCUGGUAGAUGUUAACAAGAAUAAUUACAAUUCUAACUCAAAUGAUCCUACUUGUUCACAAAAAUAUGUAAACACGAUUUGUUUGUCAGUUCUCCGAUUGUUAGUCCAUUUCGCAUCAGAAACUGAAGGCUUACUUUCAAACAAAUCAUCAAAAUCCAAAAGUAAACAAAGUUCUCUAAAGUGGGGAUUUAAAUUUUUCAACUCCAAUCACCACUAUAGUAGGGUAGGGGGGCACAUUUUACGAGAUUUCAAACUAAGAUAUUUUGAAGAGUUUGAGAAUGAAGUCGAAAGGAAAUUCGAAGAGACAUGCAAUGAACAAAAAUCAGAGAAAGCACACAUUGCCAGUGACUGUCUACGAAAGGCCUUGAUGGAAGUAAUAUAUGAUUUCCAGUGGGAGAAACCAGAUAUCACCUCACCUGUCAAACGAAGAAAGUCAAUGGUAAAUCGUGACGAUGUCGGAAAACCAAGCAAUAAUUUGGUGUUUCUGUUCUCAAGAUUUCCAGAGAAUCCAACUGCUUUGCGACAUUUUGCAGGAAAGAAAGUUAUUGAUGCCGAUGUUUGUUUAGAUUUGUUUAUGCCGGAAAGUCUUUACAGGGAAUUCCAUGGCUUGUAUCAACUUCAGCUAUUUUGGAUUGAUUGUUAUGAUAUUCUGACAAGACCUGGCAUAGAUCCUAAGAGUCUUAAACUAUUUGAAGAAACCCUCAACAAGAUUGGAGGUCGUUUGAUACCAGCAGAGAUAUUAGUUCAACUUUGUGACAAAUAUGUUACAAAUAUUGCAAGUUUUUUUCCUGCAGAGGCAUCAGAGCAAUCAACAAUUGGCCUUGAUCAACAAAACUCACAUAAUGUGCAAUCAAAACACGAAAAAUGUGUCACAGUUUUGGGAAAAGAUCAAGAAUCAUGUAAAUCUGGAGCUACCAAGAAAGCGUCACACAUAUUUCGUCCAGUUUUACCUUUUCUUCCAAUUGUUUGCGAUCUGUUGAAUUACUGUCAAAUUGCCAGACAUAGAUCUCGAACUAGCUCUGGAGGUGAAGAAUCGGUUUGUCAAGUCCCACUCUUAUCACAAAAGGGACAAACGUUUUGUGAGUUGGAGGUUGUCCCCAUGUACAACAAUAGAAGGACUGACUUGCUACAGAAUGCAAGUGCCCAAGCCUUUGUUGAUACAAACUUAAGGGAGGUGGAUGUUGGAGAUGACAACAUUCUGUCUCUGGAAGUGGACAUUCCCAGGAAACCCUUGCUGGUCAGGGGUGGAACUGAAUCCCUGCGUGUGUGCGCUGUGUUCCAUACCCAGAACUGGACGCAGCUAGACUGGACAGGACAGGAACAGUGUGUGUGUACCGCCGCUGGUGAUGACAAGGUUCAAUCUGUCUCAUUUAAACGUUUACUUGCUCGACUUCAUCAAGAAAGAAGUUGCCUGCUAUUGGAGGUCAAAGGUCAUGCUGCCUUGGUGAUUCUGAAGCCCCUGACGACAGUGUCUGCAUCACUAUCACUCCUCAGUGUUGGACGGACGUUAGCCCUAGAGAAGUCCCUGUAUCAGGAGGGGAGCGGUACCAUAGAUAGAGAGGUCCGUGCUCUCCAGGAGAAGGAUGGACCGUCCUGGCCAGAGCUUGUUACCAGAUUGACAGAGAAACAGCAAUUAUCAAAGUCAAAAACAGAGGCGGACCAAGGUGGAGCUUGUUUUGACCCGACGGUGGUAGGGAAGGCUUAUCUUCCUGGGUGUCACCAGUCGUUUGGUCGGCUGCUAGACAAACUAAACCAAAGGAUUUCUCAGAUGGAUUUCCUGAGUCAAGAUGAGAGGAAAACUCUUGGAGAGCUCCAACAACUGUACAGAUACGAAAACCAACCUCCACAUACACGCAGUCAGAGUAAACAAGGUUUGCCCAAUCAUGAUCUGACCAAAGACAAAGCCAGCACGGCCCAGGAGGAGGGUAAGAAAGGUCAGGGGUCAAUGCCGUCUCGGGGAGAGAUGAUGGUGACGAGAAGUCGACAAGCGGUCACUCAGAAGGGCAAGGAUGACCAGGACAGUGUUUCACAGGACAGUCGAUCCAAAGACAAACCCAAGACGGACAACUUGCUUAGUAAAGCAGAUUUUGCUGAUGAGGGAGAGCUGAUGACUUACCUACAGGACGUGUAUACAGGUGCUGUGUGUAGCGGUAGGCCCAGCCUCUCUGUCUGUGGGCAAACCAUUGUCACAGUGGCCUUACACUACCUGAAGGAGAAACAGACUGACAAACCACAGGAACGAUGUGUGAAGAUGUUAGAACAGGCUAUAAUUCUACAACUUACUGGUCUCCGGGAGAAAUACAUCAACAGCAGUACAGACAUAGAAGAACAGCAGAAAGUCAGGGAGUACCAGUUACAAGUGCUACUACGACUGGAGUGCGAGUCCAUGCUGUCGGCCGGGGACAUGUCCGAGGUGUCAGAAGCAGAUGGUCGAGUUGACCAGGUUGUGAACCUUUUGAGAACCCUAGGAUUCGUUACAGACCCGGCAGCUUUGUCCGAGUUUUUGUCUGGUACACUAGUUGAUUUGUAUUUACACACCCUGCCUCACGUCCUGGGGAAUAUCUACGAUGAGCUGAUGCAGCCACUUCCUAGUGUAUUGGAGGACAUCCUGUCGCCCAAUCAUAGCGCAGAUCAGUCCGUGUUCAGUAGUUCGCUACUGAAAUCGGACAACCCUGGAUCCAACCAAUCGACGGACUCGACUUUGUCUCUUCCUCCAUCCAACCAAUCAGAUGUCCUCCUGAAUCGGCCAAAACGUAACACCAGGCGACAUACUUUGGUCCACCAUCCAAGUUUAGCCGAGGUUGGACCCAAACGACAGAUCAUGGUCAAGAAAGUUGAAAAGAAAAAGGAUAAACAGAGUCAUAAGAAAUCUCAUCAUUCAAAGAGAAAGACCAAGGACCCAGGCAGUGGAGAAAAGGUUUGUCGUAACCUUUUUGAAAACAAGAAAACCAAAUUGGAGCGUCGACAAUCAGUUGCUGUAAUGGAGAAUAUCGGGAAAUCACGCCAUCACCACAGUAAACGCCUCCCAAAUCUCAAAAGUCCAAAAGCUCUGAAAUCACCUUUCAAGUCGCCAACAUUUCGCAACAAGAAGGUGAGCGAGACGCCUGCCCACAAACAGAAAUGCCAGGCAGUGUUUUCUCGUAUUGAGAAGGAAAGGCAUCGUUCGCAGAGUGUCACCACAGUACAAGUGGUGGAGGAAUCACCCGUAAAGGCUUGUAUCGAACCAACAGACAGUCCGUCACAAAGAAAGAGGACUAUGACAAUGCUUCGACGUUCCUUUUAUUCCGCUGGUCCUACCAAGAGGUCUCGCAACAUGGUAAAAUAUUUCCAGCUAGCUGAUCGUAUGGCAGGCAGGCCACCUGUCAACAGGCUAAGCUCGGGUGUUUCACUUCACGAUUUAUCAGCAGAGUUCAGAUCGCCAGAUAAAAACUCUUCACUCAUCUUCUCGCAGCUCAUUGGAAGUCCAACACCUCCAAAAUCGACACCAAACAAAAUGGUGGUUACCCCAGCCAAGCACCUGCUCGAGUCACCAAGUAUGCAUACAAGAUCAAGGUCACCUGCACGCUUGGAAGGAACCCCGAGAAAACACAUUGUUGGUAAAAGUUUGUUGGAAUCACCUUGCAUGAACACUCGAUCAAAGUCGCCGGGCUUUAGUCUAGGUCGUCCAAAAGUUUUGUUCGGAGAUUGCAGUUCAUCCUUUCCUGGUGUUGCUCAAGACCAGCCUGGAGUUUUCUUAAAAGAAACUCCAGUGAAAAAUGACAGUUUGGUUGCAGAGUCUCCAAGCCAGAAUACACGAUCAAAAGCCACGGCCACACCAAAGAGAUCUUCACGUGCAAAAAUGUUUUUAUUCAAGAGCCCUGAAAACAAACCCUCAUCCUUAAAAUCAAUAUGCACAAACAUUUCUUCAUCAAAAUGCCUGAAUUUGUCCAAGUUUGAAAGUGCGGACAGACAAAACGAUCAAAACGAUGUGAAUUCGGCUAAGAGUGAGACAGGUAGUGUUAUCAAUUUAUCCUGGAUAGAGGCUAGUGGAGUAAUAGGAGGAAUCUGUAUAAAAGAUCCUACAGCUCAGUCCACUCCGAGACAGGAACGCCUCACAAAGUCUCCAUUGGAAAGGACUCCAUCACCUCGGAAACCAUCCGGAACAGUAACAACUCCCAGCUCCUUGGACAGGAGGUCGAGGAGGCAGAAAUUCCAGAAUCUGUUCCAGUCUCCAAAGUCUUGUAAAGCUAAGCAAUCACCACCAUCUAGUUUUGAGUUGCAGAAUGUACAUCAGUCACCUAGGUUAUCUAGUCGACUUCUGUCCGAGUCCCAAACAACAGCUCAGGGAAAAUCUCCAAGGUCUCGUCUGUCUCAUAGAUAUUCUCAGUGUGAGAAACUGUUGACCUCACCGAGGUCUUUUCCAGCAGGUGAAAACAUUAACAGUGUUCAUCACUCACCUUGUAAGUCAUCCACUCAAAGUGAAGAAGACAGUGCUUUUGUGAGUGGAAAGACAAACAGCGGGAUGGAAUCGGCCAUAAUGAAGUCACCUACACAGGACACUGAUAACGAAUCCAUAUUUUCUGAACUAUCACAGGGAUUCGAUACUAAAACAACCGUACUUUCAGAUCUAUCUUCCCCAUUUACAAGGAAGCGAAGUUUAAGAUUUUCCCCGGAGAACAGCGAUGUUUUCUCUCCUAGUAAGAGGAGACGAGUGCAAUUGCACAAUAUGGACACCAAUAAAAACAGUUCUGUAUCAUAUUGCCUGCACUCCCGAAUCUUAAGUGGACGUGUAGACUCCUUUGGUUCUAGCUCCAGUCAGACCAGUCAAUGGUUCCGAACAGAAACCGGCCAGUCACAGAAAAGUCAGGCCUCUUUGUCACAAAAUAGUGUCGACUCCAACGACUACUUUUCACUCUCUAACGAUGAAGUGUUUCUGUGUCGUAAACCCAAAUUGAAUGAGGAAACCUCUCGCGCAGAUUCACCAGUGUUUGGUUCUGCCAAGAAGGAUAAACAUCGCUCUAUUGUAUAUAAUGUCAAACCCAUCAUAGUGGAUGAUCUUUCUGCAUCAGCAGGUCUCGUAUCUCAAAACAGUACCACAGUGAGUCCACAUGUGACCAGAACAAGACAGCCGUAUGCUACAAGUCCGAAUGUAACAGGUAGCAGCAGUGUGUCUGUGAGCCCCCGUGUCGCAAGAACUGAUAUUUGUAAGAGUCCCUAUGUGGCUAGAAAAGGCCCACCAACAUCUAGUGUGGCCCUGACAAAACUCUCACCGUCCAAUCGUAAAUACUCGCCAAAUGUGUCUGCAAAGAGCCUGAUGCAUCUUAUAAACUCGCCAUUGGUUACCUCACCGGACAGUGAGGAACAAAGUCCUCAACUCCACAGUCUCAAUGUGAAACGAAGGAGAACACAUGGCAAGUCCAAACGUUCCCUUGACCUACAUAAAUAGGUCAAAGGUCAGAUUGUAGUGCAAGUAUCUUCUUAAUUAUUUUAAGGACAUAGUUUGUCAAGGGAUGGAAUUGUAUUAGGAGGGUUUAUUCUUAAAAAUGUGUUAUCCUUUCAAAACCCUUCACGGCAGCUGUUGAAGAUAACAGAAAUAUGUUUUGUCUUCUGAUGUAGGAAGUAAUUUUAAGUGCUAACAGCUUGUAUUUAUAUAUCUUCGUAUUUAUAGAGAUUACACUAGUAGUCUGAAGUCAAAUAGACACGAACAAAAACCUGCAUGAAAGAUUAUGUUAUUAAUUAUUGUCCUGGCAGUCUUAUUUCCACAGUGAGAUGAAUUCAACAGAACAGCAAACAUUACUUAUAAAGUACAUGUGAUAUGAAUCAUGAGCAGUUUAUUUUUGUGAAGUAUGUAGGUUUUCUUUGCAAUUACUUGAGUUCACAAUUGAGAAGAUGUUAUUGCAAUAAUGAUAUUAUAAUUAUGUAAUUAAUUCAUAAUUACAGGAGAUUUGAAUUUGCAAAUUACUUCCCUUCCAAAUUAAUUUAAAACUCUUUAUUUACAUAAUAAUGAGAUUUUAUCAGCAACACUAUUUACCUUAAAACCACAAAUUGACCCAUGCAUCGUAUUGUUUUUUUUUCACAUAAAUUUAUACCUUGAACUGCUCUAGUUACAGAGGGCCUUACACAUCAAGUACCUGGGUAAUUAUCAUAAAAGUGCUAUAAAAUAUAAUAACAAUUCCAGAUAUUUCUUAUUAAAUUCCAACUUGUGUUGAUAUUUUUUCAACAAACGUGAUCAUAAGUACUGGUGCCAAUAAUAAAUUGUAUGUCAGUUAUAUAGACGCUUUCAUAAAUGGUCAGUUUUUCUGAUCAAUAAAAUCAAACACCACACUUUUCCCAUGACAAUCUACACUAAACGGAAAAUCUUACUUUUCCAAUGGAUGACAAUGUGCAUUGAAUCUGUCAAACCUUAUAUCAUGUUUUUCUUAGUAAAUUGAAAUCAAACAAUCUUUUUAACUAGUAAUUGAAAUCGGUCGAAUACAACACCAUGCUUUUCCUAGUACCUGAAAGUGGAUAGAUUUACAAGAUUUUUUUUUUUUUUGAAAGAAGCCCCAAAUUUGGUCUCUAAACAGAGGUGAUCUCUUACUAGAGUAUCAUCAUACACUGUACUAUACUGCAUUGUGGAGUUAGAAAAUGUUAAUCUCUUCAUAGGAUGCUUACAGUAUUACCAUAUUUUCCCUGCAGUAACCUGAAGGGGCCAACACACAACCUCUUGACUUGACUUUAAUUAGGGGAUGAGGUUAUCACAGGACAAUGAAAUAGCAUUUGUUUGCAUUUCUGUUGAGAUUAAAUAAAUAAGGAUGAGCUUAAUAAUAGACUUGGGGUUAUUUCUGGAUAAAUACGGUAAUAUGGUUGAUCUCUUAUUACCGGGCAAAUCUAUAGAAUUUAGAAUGUAAAA